AUGUUACCUCCCGCCGCUCCAGCCCUUAGCACCGUUCGCGGGUUCGCGCACACCCCAAUAAUGUCCGGCGACGAUGAUUCGGAUCACUGCCAGACGCCACCUUUGUCCGCGCGACGUGGUCGCACCCCCCGUCUUGAUGACGUUGUCAGUGCCAACUGCAGCCCCGUACUUCGUGGUCAUAACUCUCCUGCUAUCAGCGGCAUUGCUAAGCUGCGUAUGCAGCUAGAGCCCCUUAGCCUAGGCGACUCCCGCUCCAGCUCUAUGGUUCGAACUCGAAGCAAUAGUCGCCGCCGCUACAUGAGCGGAACCACCAGCCAAAUGGGUCGUAGUGACGACGAAAUUUCAGAGGGCGGAUCAACCAGUUACGAAGUCCAGUUAGAGCAUGACUUUGUGAGUGAAAGCGUGCAAGAGAAGAAAUAUGGUGCGAUUGAAGGUGGGCUAGUGCCCCGAAAGAUGGAGGCCGACGACUUCGAGACAUUGCGUUGUCUUGGAAAGGGCACAUACGGGACUGUCUUACUAGUUAAGCAGCGUGCUACGGGUCGGCUUUACGCGCAGAAGCAGUUCAAAAAGGCUUCAGUUGUCGUGCACAAGAAACUUAUCGAGCAAACAAAGACAGAAAGGCAAAUACUCGAGUCCGUCAACAGACACCCCUUCGUUGUCAAGUUAUUUUACGCUUUCCAGGACCAAGAGAGGCUAUAUCUUAUCCUCGAGUAUGGGCAGGGUGGAGAACUAUUCACUCACCUCAAUACCGAAAAGAUGUUCCCCGAGCCAGUUGCCGCCUUCUACAUGGCAGAAAUGGUUCUGGCUCUAUCUCAUCUCCACGAUACGCUCGGUGUGGUUUAUAGAGAUUUAAAGCCAGAAAACUGCCUCUUAGACGCACAAGGUCAUCUCCUGCUGACAGACUUUGGCUUGUCCAAGGUAGCAGUGGAUGAUGAUAGCUGUAAGUCUAUACUUGGAACAGUCGAAUACAUGGCUCCGGAGGUUGUCUUGGGCCAGAAAUACGGCAAGGCCGUCGAUUGGUGGUCGUUUGGUGCGCUGGGUUACGACCUUAUGACGGGUAACCCACCCUUCCGCGGCGGCAAUCACGCCAAGAUUCAGAACAACAUCGUCAAGCAGAAGCUUGUCUUGCCGUAUUUCCUAGGGCCCGACGCCAAGGAUCUAUUAACAAGAUUUUUAAAGAAAGAUCCUCGGAAGCGUCUUGGCUCGAACAUGCCCAAAGACCUCCUGAUCAUCAAGAAGCACAGGUUCUUCCGGAAGAUCGAUUGGAAGAAGCUUGCGGCCAGGGAAAUAGAGCCACCAAUCCAGCCGAUGAUUACGGACCCUGAGCUUGCAGAAAAUUUUGCUCCCGAGUUCACCGAGUUGCCUCUAAGCCCUAUCUUGGCCAAGUGUCCUUUGGAUGAUAUACCACCAAAGGAUAGCUUAAAGGAAGAUCCCUUUGGCGGAUUCAGUUAUGUAGCUUCCAGCAGCCUGCUAGAUGAUCAUGGGUUUAUGUUUAACUAA